CCGAGCGGGCGCGGCGGGAGCGGAAGUGCGUCACGGCCGCUUCCGGCGUGCAGGGCGCUCCAAGAUGGCGGCGCUGGCGUUGAGAUGUGUCGGACGGCGAUGCCUCUUGGCUCGGCUUGGCCCCGGCCUUUCUGUGCGACAUGUUGUCCCCAUGGGAACGACAGCGAAGGAGGAGAUGGCCCGCUUUUGGGAUAAGAACACCAAGUCCAAUCGCCCCUUGUCCCCUCACGUCACAAUUUACAAGUGGUCUCUGCCCAUGGCGAUGUCCAUCACGCACCGGGGCACUGGCAUUGCGCUGAGCUUGGGAGUCUCCCUCUUCGGUCUGGCUGCCCUGGUUCUCCCAGAGCAGUUUCCCCACUACCUGGCAAUGGUGAAGUCGCUCAGCCUGGGGCCUGCUCUUAUCUACUCCGCUAAGUUCGCUCUGGCUUUCCCCCUCUCCUACCACACCUGGAACGGAAUCCGGCACCUCGCAUGGGACAUGGGGAAGGGGUUCAAGCUCUCCCAAGUCAACCAGUCUGGUGUGCUGGUCCUCGUCCUGACCCUGCUCUCCUCUGCUGGCCUCGCGGCGAUGUGAAGGCAUCUCCUGGUUGAUGGCCUCCUUUUUCUUGAAGAUCUGGUCUGUCCGUCCUGGCCCACCUCAGGAUUUGGGAGGGAGGUGGGAGAACAGACUCCUGAGUAACUAUAAAUCUUUGGGGAAGGUGGCACUUCCCCUCCUCGCAAAUUUUGUGGAUGAUCAGAGUUGCUUAUCAUUAGCCUGGACGAUGCGCUCUGCCUUUUUGACGGUGGGGGGAGAGGACGGGGUGUCUCCUCAAAUACCAGAAUAGCCACAGAGAGCUGGGCACAAGUUAACAGCUGAUUUCCAGCAUGCUCAAGCACUCGCAGAGAACUGCCUAACUCAGUGCUGUUCUUUCAGGCAAAUUCCGGUGCAUUUUUUUCUCCCUGCUCUGUCCCAAUGCUUGAGACAAUGCCCAUUGUGUCCUCUCAGGUCCGAGUGGGCUCAGGGGAGGAGAUGCCAGCGCUGCUGGUAGUGCGUGUGUAGGCCUGGUGCAGGACAACCAUCUCCAUUGAGGCGCCCUGUCCUAGGGGAGGGAGAGCAGAUGGAGCUGCCAACGCCAGUGCCCGUGAGGGGAAUGGGUAAUUGGUGCCAUCCGGGAUGCAACACCGGCCGCGCGACCCUGGGCUUUCCAAGGCUGCCAGCGGUGCACAGGAGCAGGCUGGGUGGUCGCGCUCAGACCUGCAGAUGUUCGGUCCUGACUCCUUCUCACUGAAAACGUGGUGGUUCAGCAAACUUGGGGGCUCUGGAGCCCCUGCCAAUGAAAACAUCCUGUUUUCCCCUGUAUUUUCCUGUCUCUAAAAUGGGAGUGAUGUGGUUUUCCCAUUGCGUGUUGUCACCAGCUCUUGUGUCCUUGCCUGUUUGUAACUCGUCCACCAUUGCAAUAAAGCAGCCUUGAUCUUUCGCA